AUGACUCUUCUUCAGCCUUUCAGUGCCUUGGUACUUUGGCUUUCACUGUUGAUGGUAACAAGAUGGUGCAAUGUUGUGCUGGUACCAGAUAAACCAGAAGGGAAAGUUUAUUCCUGCCCAGUAAUUCAGUGCAGUGGUUCUGCAGUCAAUGGCUUACCAGGCAGAGAUGGAAGAGAUGCUCCCAAAGGUGAAAAGGAAGAACCAGGAGAAAAAUUGAGAGGUCUGCAGGGUUUCCCUGGAAAAGCAGGACCUCCAGAAAUAAAAGAAGUUUUGGGAUCACAAGGAGAGAAAGGAGAAAAAGGAGAACAUGGAAUUCUAGUAGCCAAUGACCUGCACAGACAAGUAACUGCUUUGGAAAGAAAAGUACAGGUUUUGGAGGCUGAACUAAAUAGAUACAGCAACUCUUUGAUUUUAAAGAACAUCAAGAGUAUUGGUAAAAAAAUAUUUGUCUCAACUGAAAAAGAAGAUACUUUUGACAAUGGAAAAUCCUUUUGUGCAAAAGCUGGAAGUGCACCUGCCUCUCCUAGGAAGGAGGCUGAGAAUACAACUUUAAAAGACUUAAGAACACCUUCGAUGCAGGCUUAUAUGGGGAUAUCUGCUGAACAGACUAAAAGCACAUUCACAUAUCUGAAUGAAGAGGCUGUAACUUACAGAAAACAAAAUGCUGGAGAACCAAAUAAUCUAAAAAAUGAAGACUGUGUAGUAAUGUAAGACUCUGGAAAAUGGAAUGACGUUGAUUGCUGAAAUUCAUGUGCCUUAAUUAUUUGUGAAUUCUUGAGCUGA